AAGAGUGGGAGCGCUAGUUUCUAAAUAAAGCUUCUACGGCGAGAAAGGCGUUCAUUUACAGACGUCUGGUUUGUGUGUGCGUUUGAGCACUACUUGUGUGUUGUCCUAAUCAUUUCUCUUGCAUUGUAAUUAUUGCAGCAUAUUACAAACUAAACAAAAAUGAGUGACGCCGAGAAGGAAUUCGUGGAGCGGGUUAAGGUUGGAAGAAGAGAAAUCUGGAUGAAGUCAAAUGUCAAGUUGUUAAUGCGAAUAAUUUGAAGCUGAAUUUUCAGUGCAUGCUAAUAUUGCGGAGCAAAAGAAGUUCCCAUAUAGCAUUUUUGGGCAGUGAGAGAAAUGGGGGAAGAGGAUUGAAGUCAGAAAUGAAAUUGAGACUGAAGAAAGAAGAAAAGAUGUGUUAUGAAGUUAAGAUCAGAAGUUAUCUGGGAUAAGAUCGCAGCGCUAAGUAACUCUUAGUAUGUUUGUCCCAUGCGUGCAUGCAUCAAUCUUCUUUUGUCCAUUUUGUAUUGCAAUAGUCACUAUUCUGCAGUAGCAUGAGAGAUUUACAGCUAGAUAUUUUUCACACAUAAUCUGAUGAUGCAUUAAUUUCAAACCACUACAAAUUCUUUUCUUGUAAAAUUGUUUAAGCAUUAGUUUAUGUACAGUACUUGCAGUGAAAAGGCCACCAUCACUGCGUAUUAUCAUAGUCUUGAUUGACUUAUUUAUAUACAUUUUUAUAAUUAUAUACACACAAUUUUUGUCCCUGUGAGCCUAUUCUGUUGCCCUAACCUGACUGGGAUGUGGUUGGUUUAGGAGUCUCGUUCAGCCUCUAGGAGCGCAAGUCCUAGAGGAUCUGCCAAGUCCGGCAGUCGCUCAGCUGAACGCUCGCCUGCUCAUUCCAAAGAGAGGUCCCAUCAUUCCCGCUCAAAAUCCCGCUCGCGCUCCCGUUCCAAGACCAGGUCUCGUUCCCAUCGAAGUUCUCGAAGACAUUACAGUCGAUCACGUUCACGCUCUUAUUCUCGCCGAAGACGUUCACGCAGCCGCUCAUACAGCAGUGAAUAUCACCGCCGCCGCAGCAGUCACAGUCACUCUCCCAUGUCCAACCGCAGACGACAUAUUGGUGACCGGGCAAAUCCAGACCCAAACUGCUGCCUGGGAGUGUUCGGAUUGAGCCUGUACACCACAGAGAGAGACCUGAGGGAGGUCUUCUCUAAAUAUGGCCCUCUGAGUGAUGUGUGCAUUGUGUACGACCAGCAGUCACGGCGCUCCAGGGGUUUUGCUUUUGUCUACUUUGAGAACAGAGAAGAUUCAAAAGAGGCUAAAGAGCGUGCAAAUGGUAUGGAGCUUGAUGGCCGAAGAAUCAGGGUAGACUACUCCAUUACCAAGAGGCCACACACACCUACUCCUGGAAUAUAUAUGGGCAGACCAACAUAUGGUGGUGGGCCAAGUGUAAGCCGUCGGCGGGAUAGCUAUGAUCGAGGGUAUGAACGUGGAUAUGAUCGCUAUGAAGACAGAGACUACUACAACAACAGGAGAAGAUCCCCGUCUCCUUACUACAGCCGAGGACCGUACAGGUCAAGAUCACGCUCUCGCUCUUACUCUCCUCGUCAUUAUUGAAGUGAAGUUCAGCUCCUCUCUUGAAGAUGACUACAAUAUUGUUGAUGACGUAGAUGUUUAUUUCUGGUGGCAUGAGUCUCGAUGUACUUUUCCUUCGAUUUUCUUGCCUAAAGGUUUCAUGUGUCUUUGACUGAUCUGGAUGUUUCAUUAGUGGGAUGAAUAUUUUUGCACUGUUGUUGAGUUUUUGUUCAUUUUUUUUUUUUUUCGUUCCCGAUCUGAUGCUAAACUUGCGUUUGUUUUAUAAUAUGAUGAAGUGUUCGGCUCACAUCCCCGUAUGCUUUUUCGCAUUUUAAGCUUAGCAGUGGUCUUGCAAUAAACUGCUUUAUACCUCCCA